AUGGCAUGGAACUCGUUUGACGGUGGAAACUCUGGGCUCCAGAUUGGGAUCAAUAAUGCCCCUAUCAACAACCCGCAGUUCUAUUUGCCCCCAGAGCGAUCAGAAACUCCACCAAACCCGUUAUCGACCGUCCCAUUUCGUCGCGACCCGGAUUUUGUUGAUCGUGGAACACUGCUCGAUCAGAUCGACGAAAAAGGUUCCGAACCAGGAUCCAGGAUAGCCCUUGUUGGUUUAGGUGGUGUUGGAAAAUCGCAACUUGCAAUCGAAUACUCUUACCGGGUUCGAGAUAAAUCGCCCAAGGCAUGGGUUUUCUGGAUUCACGCAAGUAACGCAACCCGUUUUGAACAGAGUUGUCGAGAUAUAGCCGACCGAGUCAAGAUACACGGCCGGCAUAAUUUAAAAACGAAUAUAUUCAAGCUCUUUCAAAACUGGCUACAGGAUGAAAAUAAUGGUAAAUGGGUUCUUAUCAUCGACAAUCUCGAUAAUGAUCAGCUCCUUCAUGAAUCUCCUCUAAUAGAGCAAAACGACCUGCGGAGUGAUGAAAAGGGCAUGACAGGACAAUCGCUCUGGGAGUAUUUCCCCUAUAGCUUGAGAGGGGUAAUCGUUAUUACGAGUCGGAGCAGACACGUGGUGUCAAGUAUAAUGGAAGAUAGGGACAUUAUAUCGGUUAACCCAAUGGACGAAACCCAUGCGAUAACGCUCUUUGAGAAGAAACUUGGAGUGGAGACGAACAGGGAAGAUAUCAUGGAACUGACGGCGGCACUAGAAUUCAUGCCACUCGCGAUUGUGCAAGCAGCGGCGUACAUCAAGCGAAGAGCACCCCGGCUUUCAGUCCCACAAUAUCUGAAUAAGUUUCGGGAAAGUGACAGGCAGAAGAUCAGACUCCUUGAUCAUGAGGGUGGACAGCUUCGCAGAGACCGAGAAGCCAAAAGCUCUAUCCUUGUCACCUGGCAAAUAUCAUUUGAUUAUAUACAGGGGAUGUGGCAAUCAGCAGCGGAUUUACUGUCUCUUAUGAGCUUCUUUGACAGACAGGGAAUCCCUGAUAUUUUGCUUCGGGAGGACAAAGAGACGAACUCCCGAAGCAAAGUGACGAACCAACAGAGUGAAAGUCUAUUUGCACAGGUUAUCGAUGAGACAACCUACGGCACUGAUACGAAGAGCGAAAGUGAAUCCAGCAUGAUCAACAUGUUUGAGGAUGACAUAUUGGUGCUAAGAGACUACUCGUUGAUAUCUAUUGGUGCGGAUGGUAAAAGCUUUGAGAUGCAUCGCUUGGUCCAACUAGCCAUGCAGGAGUGGCUCAAGGCGCAUGAACAAGUUGAGGUGUGGAAGGAACGGUUUAUUGGAAACCUUAACAGCAAAUUUCCAGCCGAUAAUCGUGAGAACUGGCCACGGUGUCAAUUGUUGUUUCCACACGUCAAAUCAGCCAUGUCACAUCGCCCAGAUAAAGAUUCGGAGCACUCGAUGCUGGAAUGGGCACUGCUACUUCAUAAGGGCUCACAGUAUACUCGACACGGCGGAAACUGGGUCGAUAUGGAAUCUAUGGCAGCAAGAUUGAUAGAAGCAUGCAGCCAUUUAUUUGGCCCGGAGGAUCUAAAAACCUUAAAUAGCAUUGCAAUGCUAGGGCUAGCAUACAGCUUACAGGGACGAUGGCUGGAUGCCAAGAAGCUACAUACACAGCUAGUUGAUACUAGCUGCAGGGUGUUUGGCGCCGAACACCCCCGCACAUUAAAUAGCAUGGCAAAUCUAGCAUCAACAUACCGCUAUGAAGGCCAAUGGAAAGAUGCGGAAAUACUAGACUUGCAAGUGCUAGAGGCCCAUGACAGGAUGCUUGGUACAGAACAUCCUUGGACGCUAAUCGCCAUGGCCAACCUUGCAACGACAUACUGGAACCAAGGCCGAUGGCACGACGCUGAAGCUCUCAACCGACAUGUUCUGGAGACUCGCAAGAGGACUUUUGGCGCAGAACAUCCUGAUACAUUAAUUGGGAUGGCACAGCUUGCAACAACUUACCAGAAACAAGAAGAGCGAUGGCAGGACGCUGAAGCGCUUGAGGUGCAAGUACUUGAUGCUCGCAAGCGGACCCUUGGUGUAAAGCACCCUGACACACUGAACAGUAUGAACAACUUGGCAUCAACAUACUGGAAUCAAGGUCGCUGGCAGGAUGCUGAAGCACUUCUAGAACGAGUGCUAGAAGCUUAUCAGGAAUGGCCCAAAGAUCAUCCCCACGCGUUAGUCAGUAUGGGAAAUCUAGCAUCCAUUUACCUGAAACAAAGCCGCUUGGAGGAUGCUGAGACCCUGAAUGAGCAAGUUCUGAAUACCCGCAAACAGGUGCUCGGAAAAGAGCACCCCGAAACAUUGGCUACUAUGGGAAACCUGGCAUCAACAUACUGGAGUCAAGGUCGGUGGCAGGAUGCUGAACAGCUAGAAGUGCAAGUCCUUGAGAUCAGCAGAAGGGUCCUUGGUAAAGAGCAUCCUGGUACAUUAACUAGUAUGGCUAAUCUUGCAUUAACCUACCAAAAGCUAGGCCGAGCGCAAGAUGCUAAAGCACUAGAGGCGCAGGUGCUCAAGGCUCCUAGAGAUAUGCUUCGAGAAGAGCACCAAGAUCGAAGUACCCUUAAUUUGAUAUCGGAUUUUGCGAACCUUGAGACGCAGGUUGAAAGAACUUGUUGUCCCAAGGCCCCUUUCUCUUUUACCACCUUAGACAAGCCAUCUGAGCUAAGAGACGACGGUGUCGAGGGCCUGUAUUCCUUAUCAAACGAGGAGACAGAAACGCGACGGAAUUGUGACAAGUGUGAUGAGGGAUGCCUGAUCGAAAAAGAACUAAUGGGCAGUUCCAAACCUUCCUUGGUUACCGGCCGCUGGGGCCCUAGUCGAUCCAGAACAUUCGGCGUUAGCACCAGCCAGAAAAUUGGCAGGAUCGCUGAAUGGCUAAGCAAAAAGACAGGUUAUAUUGGUUUUAAAGCAUCAGGCUUUUUCUCAACCUCGAGGUUCGAGCGAAAAAGACCCGGAGAAAAAAGACCCGGAGAAUUGGAUUUCCCCGAGAUUCCGGCAGAAAUGAUGCGAAACCAAACUCUUGUCGAGAUCUCAAGACGCCCCUCACAUAGGCUCUCGAGACCGAGAAACUCUACCGAGAGCAUUGCGUCCGUAAGUGGAGUUCAAGGAGCUUGA